ACCGCGCGAUACCGCAGCCUUGGGGGAGUGAGAGGAGAGGAGGGAGGAGGGGUGAAUUGGGCGAUACCUUCUCGGAUGAAAUAUUUGGGUUUGGGUUGGGGAGGAUUGCGGUUGGUUCGGUGAUCUGCUGCCCUUUUUGUCAUCGGGCGAUCGGAGGAUCCGUGAGGAUUAGGGCGUUUGGGGAUGGGCCUCGUGGGAGCGGGAAAGGGCACCGAAGAUGGGGAUGAGGUCGUGCACGUUUAUUGCUCAAUCUGCCUUAACGCCGUGAAGUGCGGUGGGGAUCGGUCUACCGCCAAGCUGCAAUGCGGGCACGAAUUCCACCUUGAUUGCAUUGGUUCAGCAUUUAAUGCUAAAGGGGUGAUGCAAUGCCCUAAUUGUCGAAAAGUUGAAGAAGGCAAUUGGUUCUAUGCAAAUGGCUCUCAUUCGACACCAGAACUCACCAUGGAUGAGUGGAUACAAGAUGAGGACCUGUACAAUCUGAACUAUGCAGAAUCUCCAUUUGGAGGUCAUUGGUUUCCAAUUGGUAGCUUGGCAAGGAUUCCAUCGUUUGAGGAAGGUGAAUCUUCCCCGGCUGUUUCUUUCUGGGAUCUUUCAGGAUAUCAUGCUAAUUUUUCGGAGAAUCGGGCUACUGUCUCAGUAGCUCAUCCAUGCCCUUUCAUGGCCUACAUGCCACCGCUCCAACCUUCAUCUUCCUCAAAUAACCAUUCCUUUGAUUCCAAUAGCAGUGAUCCUGGAUAUCACCAUCAGUGGAGUCACUUCCCAAGGCCAAGAGAAUUUCAAACCCUAUAUAUGAUGGCACCAAGUAACAUUCACUAUCAUGGCUGGGAACACUGUCAUGCAUCUUACUCUCCAAAUGCCCACAUAAAUAGUGCCGAAUCAUUACACUUUGCAAGGCUAGCCACUAAUGGUUUGCCUGCCACUGAUUCUGUUUUCCAUCCCUUUGUUCUCAGUCAUGGAAUUGUUUCCAGAGCUGGGGCUACUGGCUCAUCCGCACCCUCAUUGGUUCCACCAUAUCUUAGAACCCAUGGCAAUGGUCUUGAACACUAUCAACUCCAACAUUCUCAAAUCACGCAUGGAACAGGCAUGCCACUUUCUGGAAGUUUGUGGAGUUUCAAUCCAGCGGAACAAUGUGGCCCUUUCCUGGUCUCUCCAACAGUGCAGACCAAUGUAGAUGCAGAGAACAUCACAAGUACUCGCCUCUAUGCUUGGGAACGCCAGUGUUUUGCACCCCAUCCAUUUUUUCCAAUCGACAGGGAACCCAGUUGUUGGGGCCCUUUUUUGCAGGCUAAUGGUAGCGGUGUAUCAGAUUCCAGUCCCCCUCAGAUGGUCUACUUCCCUCUCAACAGUUCUGAGAGGCUGCCGGCACAGGCAGGACACAACCGACCGAUGCCUCCACCUCGCAUGCUGCCCUUGUUGUGAUGCAAGCUGGUGAUGUUUUGAGAACAUCCCUGUAAGAUGCAUGACUCUGAGCUGCUCCAUUGAUGACUGAGGUGAUCUCGUAUGAACUCUUCUGUUGUCACUAUUUCCCGAUAUCUGCUGAUGAGCCAAACAAUCUGCUGAUGUAUUCUAGCUGUGUCAGAAAGGCCAGCUCUGUAAGCUUAAAACUGUUUCAUCAUGUCAACCAAUGGAAGCAUGCUUCCAUCCACGGGAGAUCCACACAAUACAUGCAUCUCAUGGUUGCAACGUGUACAUUGGUAUGUAUGUAUAUAUGGGCACAUACAUGGUUUCUAUGUAAGUGUGGAAUUGUGAUUGCA